CGUGUACUGAUUCCUACUCCCGGGCAACAACAGACAGCUCCGCGUGCGCCAGAGAGGAAAAAAAAGCCCUCUAAACCGCUGCUGGGUGGAACAGCCGAGCUCCCAGCCCCUGCCUCCUGCUCCCAGCCGACAUCUGCCGAGACCCACCUUGCACCUGUUCCCCGGGCUGUAAGCGCUGAAGAGUACUCACCAUGAAAACCAGGCUAGGCUGCCUAUCCAAUAAGUCGGACUCCUGUAAUGAUUUCUCUGAAUUCCUGCCACCUGUACAGGACAGGCCAGCCAAAUGUGUAAAGUUAUCAACUGAAGAAGUCACAAGCUGGGCUGAUUCAUUUGACGUUCUUCUGUCUAACAAAUAUGGCUUGACGGCCUUCAGAACCUUUCUUAAGUCAGAGUUCAGCGAUGAGAACAUUGAGUUCUGGAUGGCAUGUGAAGACUACAAAAAGAUCAAAUCACCUGCAAAACUCAUGUCAAAAGCCGAGAAGAUUUACAAAGAGUUCAUCGAUGUUCAGGCACCCAGAGAGAUAAAUAUUGACUUCAGGACAAGAGAGGAGACCAAGCAAGGUCUUCAAGAGCCAACUCCAACCAGCCUCAACCUGGUGCAAGCCAGAGUGUAUAGUCUGAUGGAGAAGGACUCUUAUCCCCGAUUUCUGCGAUCUAAACUCUAUCAGGACUUGCUUAACAAGAAUAUACACUGUCAAAGGAAGUCAGUAUGAGGAAGAGCUUCAAGGUUUCAUUGAUACCACUGAUGGACAACACAAUUCAGCAUCCAUGCACCAUUUAAUUGUUGACUGUACUGAAAAUGCAUUUCAAGGAAUCCUGUUAAGUUUAUUUUAGAGAAAAAAACAUCACAACCUUACAUUGUACCUUUUAGCGAUCUUUUAGUGAAAAAAGGUGAACUGAAUCUUUGGAUGGUUUCACAUUUAGAGUAGAACAGCUGAUUUAAAUGUAACUAUUUAUUUUAGAGACUAUGUGCGAACCAAAUCAGUGGUUUUGUUAAAUGUGUUGCUUUGAGCAGCCUUUCAUUGUGUAGUCCUGUGUUUCCCAAAGUGUGGGCCGCCAAGGCAUUGUACAGUAAUUGCUGCGAGAGGUAGCCUAAAAUGAAAUUACUUUGGGUGCGUACAUUCUGAAAAUAGAAAAAGACAAGCACUCUUAUUAUGGCAUCCAAUGUAAGACUUGACUAAGGUGCAUAGUAAAGACUGGAACACUGGUCCAUGAAUGUAGAUAUUAUCAUCAGGUGUGUGUGUGUGUGUGUGUGUGUGUGUGUGUGUGUGUGCGUGUGUGUGUGUGUGUGUGUGUGUGCGUGUGUGCGUGCGUGCGUGCGUGCGUGCGUGUGUGUGUGUGUGAAAUGUUUAAAUGAUAGUCAGAUGUAAAUAUCAUUACUUUAAACUCAUUACUAAUAAAGAC